AUGCAGUCAGUACUCGGUUGGGUCAUCGGUGGAGAGGCUCCCGUCCGACAGUCAACAUCUUCACUCUCAUGUCAUGUCACGAGCGUUGAGAACCUACAGUUCGAUCUUCAAAAAUUCUGGGAAAUUGAAGAAGCUACAUCAGAACCCAGCAUUAUCGAGAAUCAUUGUGAAGAACAUUUUUCCGCUAAUUUCUCACGAGACUCCACUGGAAGGUACGUCGUGGCGCUCCCGUUCAACGAAAAAAUUGGUAAGCUUGGAGAAUCUCGCUCUCGAGCUUAUCAUCGAUUCAAGGCCUGUGAACGGAAGUUGCUUCAGAAUCCAGAGCUGAAAAAUCAAUACGAUGCAGUACUUCAAGAAUAUCUCGACCUCGGCCACAUGACUGAAGUGAACACCCACAACAUCUCACAUCCUGGUUACUAUCUCUCGCAUCACGCCGUUUUCAAGGAAGGAAAUCUGACAACCAAACUCAGAGUCGUGUUCGAUGGAUCGGCAAAAAUCAACACGGGUAUCUCACUAAACGAUACUCUCCAUGUUGGUCCUACCAUCCAAGAUGACAUCCUGUCUCUUCUUCUGAGGUUCCGGCUACACCAAUAUGUCCUGACAGCUGACAUCGAGAAGAUGUAUCGCCAGGUACUUGUGAGACCAGAGGAUCGUAAAUAUCAACGGAUCCUGUGGCGCAACGAUGAUGGUCCAGUCCGAACUUACGAGCUGAAUACGGUCACCUUCGGGCUAUCAGCUGCACCAUAUCUCGCCAUAAGAUGCCUACACCAACUGGCUACUGACGAGGCUCAGCAAUUUCCUGUGGCUGCUGAAAUCAUCAAACGCGACAUGUAUGUUGACGAUCUCUUAACUGGAGCUGAUACACGUGAACAAGCAGUAGCUAUUCGGAACGAAAUAACGCAACUGGUACAACGGGGAGGCUUCAACCUGCGUCAGUGGGCCUCCAAUGACCCCACGCUGCUGAACGACUUAGCAGAAGAAGACAUCAACAGACAUCUGCUUAUCACCGAUUCUCCUGCACUGAAGACAUUGGGAUUAUGCUGGAACUCUACGAGUGACUCCAUCGAGUAUAAGGUCAAAUCAGUCGAGGCAAAUACUCCGGUAACGAAACGAAUUGUCCUCUCUGAAACAGCUAAGAUCUUCGAUCCCUUGGGCCUCCUAGCUCCAGUCAUCGUCAUCGCCAAGACCUUCAUCCAACGAUUGUGGAAGUUGAAAUUGAAUUGGGACUCUCCACUGCCAGACGAUAUCCAGAGGGAAUGGAAAGAGUUCUAUCAACAGCUACCAACACUUCAAGAUCUCGAGUAUCCACGCAAGGCUCUCUGCCAACAAUCAGAGAGGAUUGAACUCCAUGGCUUCUGCGAUGCUAGCAACCUAGCUUAUGGCGCUUGUGUCUACGUCAGAUCCAUCAGCAUCAAUGGCACCACUCAAGUGCUCUUGUUGUGUGCUAAAUCACGCGUAGCUCCAUUGACAAGCAAGCCCUUCUCCCCUCGAUUGGAGUUAUGCGGGGCAGUUCUGCUUGUGAAGUUGAUGACCAGUGUCUGCUCCACCAUCCACAUCCAGCCCCAGCAAGUGAUUUACUGGACGGAUUCUACAGUGGUUCUACAUUGGCUAUACACUCCUCCAACGAAGCUGUUACCAUAUGUGGCCAAUCGUGUCUCAGAGAUCCAGCAGAAAUCCAACAUCGCCAACUGGAGGCACGUCAGAACUCACGAGAAUCCUGCUGACCUGGUAUCUCGAGGGCAGACACCAGAAGAAUUCAUCAAGCCUUCAUUAUGGAAAGAAGGUCCAACAUGGCUGCUUCAAGAUGAACAUCACUGGCCUACCCUAGAGCUUCACUUCGCAUCAGAUCCUCCCGAGUUGAGAAAACAUCAGCCACCUCCUCCAUCAGAGAACUGUUUCGUGACGGCCCUGGAACAACGCAGUGGGAACGUGCUUGCUUGGUACUCUUCAUUGACCAAGCUUCAGCGCAUUGUCGCCUACUGUCGCCGUUUCCUGACUCACAACAAGGGUCCAAUCACUCCAGAUGAAAUGGCUGCUGCUCUUCAUGGGAUUAUACAUUGGGUGCAGCAGGAAAGCUUGGCUCCAGCAAUCGCCCUGCUCCGCAAACAGACUCCUGGACAGAAGGCAGCCGCCUUAGCACCACUAGUUAAGCUAAACCCAUUCCUGGAUGAACGGGGAGUGAUUCGUGUAGGUGGUCGUCUGAGGAAUUCCAACAUUCCAUACUCUCAACGCCAUCCCAUGAUCCUGCCCAGACAACAUCACGUUACUGACCUCGUGAUACAUCAAGAGCAUCAGAGACAUCUCCACGCUGGUGCUCAAGCUACACUCUGCGCCAUUCGCCGUCGAUUCUGGAUUCAAGAUGGGCGCAAUAGGGUACGACACAUCAUUGGCUCCUGCGUUAAGUGUAUCCGCCACAAGCCACCAGUAGUCAACUACAUCAUGGGGAACCUUCCUGAAGCACGCGUCACCGAGUCCCGCCCCUUCACCAACGUCGGCAUUCACUAUUGUGGACCCUUCUUCAUCAAGGAAAAGAAGUUCCGCAAUAGGGGCCGUGUGAAGGUGUGGGUAGCUGUCUUCGUAUGUCUUGCUGUAAAGGCGGUACACCUGGAGAUCGUCAGUGACUUGACCACCGAGGCCUUUCUUGCUGCCUUUCGUCGAUUCAUUGCGCGGAGAGGACUUUGUGGUAACGUGUACUCUGACAACGGGACAUGCUUCGUUGGCGCCAACAAUGAACUCCGAGAACUCCAUGAUUUCCUCCAGAACAAGGAUCAUCAGCAAAAAAUACAAUCAUUUGCUACGAUGAAAUCAAUUAAGUGGCAUUUCAUCCCCCCUCAGUCUCCACACUUCGGCGGUUUGUGGGAAGCCGCCGUCAAAUCGUUCAAGGUCCAUCUGAAACGAAUUGCCACAGACGAACUCCUGACAUUCGAGCAGCUCAACACCUUAGCGAUCGAGAUUGAGGCCAUAUUGAACUCCAGACCGCUGACACGUCUUUCAUCUGAUCCAAAUGACCUGCAAGCACUCACCCCCGGUCAUUUUCUGAUUGGUGAAGCACUAACCACAUUGAGGAGUCCUGACUUCCGAGAAGUUCCUUCCAAUCGACUCUCUAUGUGGCAACAUCUCCAGAAGCUCAAACAGGAUUUCUGGACUCGCUGGCACCGCGAGUACAUAAGCGAACUCAACUUGAGGAGCAAGUGGGCGAAUGGGGAGCACCACAUAACGACAGGUACCAUUGUCUUGUUGAAGGAAGACAAUCUCCCACCCCAACAGUGGGCCAUGGGUCGAGUGACCCAGACUCAUCCAGGAGCUGAUGGUGUCAUUCGGACUGUGACACUCAAGACACCCAAAGGAGUCCUCAAUAGGAACGUUAAGAAGCUGGCACCAUUAGUAAUUAGUAAGAACGAAAAAAUAUAA